AUGAACUCUCGUAUGGCUAUGGUGAUUUAUUCAAUUAAGUCAAAGAAUUCUAUUUUUAAGAAAAUGCGAGUUAGUUCUUUGCGUUUUGGUUCACACAUAGUCGAUAAUUUGGACAAACUGAUGUCAUUUUCAUGUCAUAUAGACCCGUCAUUGUCAUGGUCUGCCAAAGGUUCUCUUAGCAAAAACAAAUGGAUUCCUGUAACUCCACAAGCUGCUAGCGGCUUUCUUAUCUCUGAAUAUGACUCACCAUUGAAUUGCACUUGGUCUGUUGAUUUAGAGUUGGAGGAUGAUUGUGGUUCGGAAAAGUCGAAUAUUUCCUUUACUUUGCAACCUGAUUAUCAGGAAGAUCAAGGAUUGCUGUGUCUUCCAGUGUCUUCAGUUAACGGUACUUUAGAUGAAAUUUACUUAUAUUAUCUCUUUAUUUAUGGAUAUACACCGCCUGAUUCGGAUUGUGGGGCGCCUCUCACCUUAAAUCUUCCAUCAGUUACUCAAAAUGCAAUACAUCAACCAAUGAUAGUUGGUCAUGCUGGUGCCGGUGCCAAACGUGCACAUUACGGUAAAGGUCAACAAUGGCCUGAAAAUACUAUAUGCGCCUUUCAACGUGCUGAACAACUUGGAGUAAAAAUGGUUGAAUGUGAUGCAAGUUUAACAAAAGACUUUGAAGUUGUUUUGCAUCAUAACUAUAGUCUAGGUGUUGUAGAACAGGUGAGAAAAUGUCAAAGUGAUCCAUCUACCUUCAUAUUAGAACAUAAACCUGAUGGUGUGGUGAACGAAAACAGUACAGAUUUGAUCGUAAAUUAUUCUUUAUCCGAAAUUCGUGAACUGUUAAGCAAGAUUGAUAGACCAACAAACCUCGACACUGCUAAAGAGAAUAAAUAUGCUGAACCUCUAACUGGUAACGAUCCUACACCAAAUAUUCAUGGCCUUGAAGCUGCACCAGUCCCGCUAUUAAAAGAUGCAUUUCGGCAAACUUCUCCAAAUCUCGGCUUCAAUGUAGAGAUAAAAUAUCCACCGGAGACUCCAUUGAGUAUUAUUAUUGAAGAAUGUAACAAAAACAAAUCGAUAAAUUCUUCUUUACCAACGCCGUACACAUAUUUUUCUAAAAUAAAUAGAUUCUGCGACAAAAUAUUGGACACAAUUUGGUUAAAUGCUGGACGCAGAUACGUUAUUCUAUCUUCUUUCAAUCCAGAUAUAUGCUUGGCCUUGCGACUAAAGCAAUCUUUUCUACCAGUACUGUUCAUUUCACGCGGUGAAAUUCCAUGCGAUAAUAGUCACAGGAAAGAUCCUCGACAUCAUAAUAUAUUCUCUGCUAUGAAUUGGGCAGUUAUAAUGAAUUUAAGUGGAAUUGUUACAGUUGGACAACAUUUUGAUUCUACAAACUGUGUUGAUAAAAUACCAUCGAAAUCCUUAACAGCUUUUUUGAACAGUAAACAACUAUCGUGCUUUGUUUAUGGUGAUGGUGUAUCAGAGAUGGAAUUUUUCAGGAAAGCAUCACAACUCGGUUUGACAGGAGUAAUAGUCGAUAGAUUAGAUGAAUUCAUGCAAGAGUAUCACAAACAUAACAGUGAAACAAGCAAUUAA